ACAUUAUGCCUUAAACUGUACAUAUGAAGUGGUGUCUCGACGACGUCAGUAUGCCUGUGCCAUAUAAACAUGAUUCUAAUUAGUGUUAUUGUACUGCAACUUUCAGUGAUGAUUCAUGUAUCCGAACAAAAAAUUGUGCUGUAACUUUUAUUUUUCAUUAAUAAGUAAGUUUUGAUCAAAACCAACAUGUUAGAUAAGUUCAAGACUGUAUGCGCCGACUGUGGUCAUAAUGAUGUAACGUGGGCUGUGGUUAAUCGAGGCUUAUUAAUAUGCGACGAAUGCUGCAGCGUACAUCGAAGCUUAGGUCGACACAUAUCUCAGCUGAAAUCGUUAACCAAGGGGCAUUGGAGAAGUUCUUUAUUAAAUAUGGUACAAACCUUAAGUAAUGGAAGUAUCAAUAGCUUAUGGGAACAUACCUUGAGCGAAUCGAAAAGCUCUAAAAAGAAACCUCAGCCUGGCGAUCCUGUGCACCCUAAUAAAGCAGACUUCAUACGAGCAAAGCACCAAGAUUUGACGUAUAUCCUGAAAAGUAGAAAUAGUGAUUCUCCUGAAGACUUGAAUCAACAACUACACUCUAGUGUUAGAACAUCUAAUCUAGAAACAAGUUUACGAUUAUUAAUUCAAGGAGCUGAUCCCAAUUACUAUCAUGUGGAAAAAGGUAACAAUGUGAUCCAUGUAGCUGCUGGUGCUGGUCAAAUGGAACAAAUUGAACUUUUGGUAAAUUAUGGUGCUGACCCCAAUGUUAUUGAUAGUCAUGGAAAUACUCCAGCAGCUUGUGCACGUGUUAAUGGUUUUUUGGAUAUUGAAGAGAAAAUCAUCGAAUGUAUGUACGAAGUUACUGACACUUUUUGCAUGUUUUUAUGCAAACGUAAAAGUGAUCACAAGACUGAACAUUUUUUUGUGCCUGAAAUAUCGGAAUGUUGCAUGCCUAUAAUUUCAAAUAAGCAAAUCAAGCUUAAAUUACAAGAGUUGUCCAACGUAUUAUUCGAAGAAAUAACUAUGGACGUAUUUGAUGAAGUCGAUCGUAGAGAGAAUGAAAGUAUUAGUCAGUUAUCGAAGCUCAAAGAUCAAACCUUAGUGCCAUUUUUACCGGUUAAUCCGGAAUUAUCAACGAUGAGAAAUCAAGGACGGCAGAAAUUGGCCAGAUUGAGUAAAGAAGAGUUUGCCACUCUCGUGUGGGAUAUCUUAUGCGAAUGCAAAAGAAGGCAAAAUCCUCCGGGCGAGGGACUUCUGAAUAAAAUCAAAGCUAAUAUUGCCGACGAAGAACCACUUUACGAUAGUGUUGCUUCUGACGACGAUUACGCAAUUGCUGAAGAAAUGUUUGAUCAGUCAAAAGAUCUAGUUGCAAAAGAUGCUUCUACUCCGGCGCAGUCUCCUGAAGAAGAGAAUUCUUCUAAAAAUAAUAUAUUGGAAGGUGAUUUGAAAUCAAGAUUAAUUACUUCAGAAAUUAGAAUAUCGGAAUUAGUCAGCCAGGUUGUGGAGUUGCAACAGAAGAUGGACGAUAUCAAAAAAGAAAACGUAGAGUUACGAAAUACUAUGCAUCAUCGUCAAGAAAGCACCUCCGAAACUGAUUCAGUCGUAGAAGUGAAACCACGACCAUCUUCAUUAUAUAGCGUUGCUCAGAAAUAUAUUAAUUCGUCUAAUAGUGCCAUUGAUAGAACCAAUUCACCUGAUCCCGAAGAAAUACUACGAAAAGCUGACCAAGUUACCAAGAGAUUGCAAGAAUUAUCAAAAACCAUAAGAUCAAUUGAGCACCAUGGAGGUUUUACUCCUUGUGUAGAAAAUGUUCGCAGUGCCAUAGCUGACUUGACGGCGAUUUUCCCUCAAGGAUCAACUGAAGAAACCAUUCGUUCUGCCUUACGCACCUUGAACACGAAUACGAUACGAUUACAAGCUGUUUGUGCUGAUGUCGAUGCCACAGUCGAAAAAAUACGAAAUUAUGCUUUCAACAUGGCUAAAGCGAAUCGACAAAUUCUGACACAUUUUCAGUGUUGAUUGAUACAAGAGUAGUUCUCUCUUUAAUUCACCAAAGACAUAAUACAUAUUCGUUAAUAAUAUGACUGUACUCGAAAAGGAGGAAAAUGUGGGCCUACAAUUUAAAUCAUUAAUCUUUGAAAGGAGGCAUAGUAGUCGAAUACUUUUUGAAUAUUUAUAUUUUCCGAUCCGACGUUUUACAGGACUUCACACGAACAUUUUUUACUAAAUAAAAUAACAAUGGAAAAUGGCAACUAAAAUGAUAGGUACCUAAAUUAUUUAAUUGAGCAUAUUUUUAUGAAUCUGUAAAACCUUCGUGAUUGAUUAGUCUUCAUAAAUUGGAAAAAAUAAUUAUAAAUUUUUAAUGACUAACAUUAUUACAGACUUUCCUAUACGAACGUGGUUAUUUUUAAAUUUAAUUCAGGGCUGAAUGUACGUGAUACUGUAAGCUGUAUUUCAUUUACGAUGUGUUUAAUUUUAUACAUAUUUUUUCUAUUUUUCGUAGUUGGAAAUGUUUUAAUAUAAUAGGACGUAUUUUUAAUCAAUUAGUUCUUUUGUAAUUUGUUUUCAAACUGUUUAUUGCUGAAACUGUCAAUUUUUGAGAAAUCUAAAGAUGAUGACGUGA